AUGUCGCACCCGGAGGCCACUUCAUUCCAACGAACUAAUAACCACUCCGCUAGAGAAAAAGUAAUCCAAAAAUCCAAAGACACAGCCUACAGCAAUAUUCCAACCCCACACCCGCCAAGGAAACACCCGCCAGAGAGGCAAAAAG